GCAUGCGGCUUAAGCUGUGUGAGGGUGUCGGUGUUUGUAGAUUGCUGGUAAUGGUGAUUUUAAGACUAAAAGUAUGCUAUGGAGUUGUUCCCAUUAGCCAGUUUUUCUAAGAACAAGUAAAACAAACUAAACGUGAUGUUAUCUCAAACCCACAUUCCAAUUAACCUUGAAUGACAUUUGAUAACAAUUUAAUUUUUAGAAAUAUAUUUUUUAAUCAAAAUGUAUUUAUUUUAUAUUUGAAGGCCAACUCAAACAAUAUUUUUACUUCAUUAUUUUGAAAUUAUCAUCUUUACAACAAGUAUAUUUUUAAGUUUUUGUGCCAUAUGUAUUUGAUAUUCAAGAACUCUUUAUGUAAACCCAGUAAGUCAAAGCAUAAAUUUCAUACAUCCCUCGAUCUAUUAUUUCGACUGAAAACUGUAGAAAACUAAUGAAAGAGAUACUGCCGAGAAUUUAUUACCCAGCUCAAUGGUUGCUGCCACAAAACCCGACUCAAACUGGUCUAAAUGUGCUCUAAAUGCGCCUAAGCAAUCUCCAUUGGAUCGUGUCUAUAAUUAUCUGCGCAAUCGGCAUAGAAGGACAACCAAGCGGUAUGAAAAAUCGCGGAAGGUUCGUUUCUUCACUGGGCGGUGAUUUCGAGGCGGAGACAAAUGGAGUUCGGAGAAUGGAGCGAUCUAAUUCUGGAGGACUGCUGGAAGCUGAUACUAUUGCUGCCGGCAUGGGAAUUCAGGCUGCGGAUCCAAAUGUAAUGAGCUCCUGCCAAAUCCUUCCGAAUCCCGCCGCCCCAGGCUCAGCUAUUUGCGACUUCUAUCAACCCAACUGGCAGACGCAGCAGUUGGAGCUGCAGCCGCAACCGCUGCAGCAGCAGGCAUGUCAUUCGAGCCGGAUCAACCAGGGGACACCCAAUGCCUACACCGAACAGGAUGAGAUCGAGCAGCGGCGCCAGGAGUUGCGCAAUCUCGUCCAGCAUUUGUAUGUGGCCCAGGCGAGGGUUCAACUGGAGGCCACCGAGAUUAAGAAGGCGCAGUCGGUGGCCAGUUCGGCUCAGUCGCAGCUGGAGGAGUCGGCCAACCAUGUGAGGAGCAUUACCGCUACAUUGCACACCGCCCAGCAGGAAGUGGCCGCCUCGGCGAUUCGGGCCCAGAUUGCCCAACUCCAGUUGGCCGCCCACGAUCAGCUUUUGUUUGCCGCACGCCAGGAUGUGGAUGCGUUGUCCUCCCAAAUGGUCGGUCUGCAGGCCGCCGAGGGCAUUGUCCAGCCAAAGCUCACAGUGGAUCUGCACGCUCUGCUGGAGAAGUUGAAGCAGCCACUGCAGCAAUAUGAUCGCCCCACCGCAGUUCCAGCCAUUUCUCCCAGUCUCCCAGGAACAGCAACCCAUCAGCACCAGUUUCUCAAGCAGCAGCAACAAAUGGGUCAGGCACAAGGUCAAGGGCAGGGUCAAGGUCCUCUCAACCCUGCCGGUGGAGGAGUAGUCGGUUCCAGUGACUUCAUCAGCCUGCCCAGGGUUAAUGUGCCUCCCUAUGUCACUUAGCUGCCUUUAAACAAUUACAUCUGAUUACCUCUGCCUAAGUAUUUAUUUUUAUUUUAUUUAAUAUUUAUUGUACUUGUUUGCUUUCCAUAAAACCAUAUAUUUCAUUUAAAAA